GUGCCGCCGGUAUUCCCCUGUUGGUAGAAUAAAGCCAGCGCGUGCUGUUACCGCCAGGGGAUUGGAGCAAUGACUUGUCAGUAAAGUCACCCACCCUUUGAGUAUCUCAGACAGAGUUAGAAGUGUUUGAGACACAGAGCAAGGCGGCGAGACACCGGGAUAACUGAUUUAACCAGACCGGGACAGAACGACACUCAAGUCCCAGAGAGAUGGAGGAGGAGAUGCUACCAGCAGACGAAGGUCUCUCUGCGCCCAAAAUCUGCAGGCAGCAGCAACAGAGGAGCCCGUACAGCUCCCUCAAGACCUUUCAGAGCAAGCGCGCGGCGGGCAAGGCGAGAUAUGACAGACCCACAAUGGUGGACAUCCCGCAGCUCGGAGAGCAUCCUCAUCACCUCAGUCAUCAUCAGCAGUAUUCACAGCGGGCGCCGCUUCCUCAAGCUUGCUUCUCCAUCAGUAGCAGUCAGCAGCACCGUCUCCCCUGCGAAGUCAGGCCCAGCAGCAGCAGAGUCGCGACAUCCAGCGCGGCGGCAUCAGCGGUGAGCGCCGCGGCAUCAUUCGGCAGCCAGAGGAGGGUCGCCGGCCAGGAGUCGGGCAGAUACCCGGCGGGUCGCGCCGAGCUCAGCCACCAGUCUCCAGACUGCACCUAUGGAAUAAGCUCAGAAAACCGGCUCAUAUUGGAUGCUUUUGCCCAGCAGUGCAGUCGAGUGCUCAGCCUCCUCAACAGCAACGGACGGCUCCUUGAGCCCCAGCCUUCCCUGGCCCGUCCAUCCUCUUCCAUCUCCACUCUCAUAAAACAGGAGGACAGCUGCCUGUCUCCCGGAGAGAGGCUCGCUUCUAAGCCCAGGUCGGAGGACUCAUCUCUGGAGAACCCAGGUGAGGAGACCCAACGGGGCAACCACUGGAACCAGCAGCAGACUUCCGCUUUCCUCCGGAUUUUCACAGAGUCGCUUCAGAACUACCUUCUAUCCGGACCCCAGUCAUCGGACAGUGAACGGGGUCGUGCAGUAGACGCUGAGCCGGUAGCAUCAGGGUCCCCCAGGCAGAACAUAGGUGGCUGGACUUCACCAGCACCGUCAGAGUCCUACGGACACCCUUCAUCCACACUGCCCGAGGAAGACGAGGAGGAGGAAAGUUGUUGUCCACGCUGUAUGGAGCUGGAACAGGAAGUUCUUAGUCUACAGCAGGACAAUGAGGAACUGAGACACAAACUGGACAACAUACCAGCUCCUUGCCAGAAUGUUUUGGACUUUUUUAAGACUGUUCUUCAGCACUACAACCAAUUUGUGCAGCCCCAGUCCGAAGAGCAGCUUACCGAGGGCAGUAAACAGCUUCUGGGGAACUAUCCUCUCUUCAUCACCAAUAAGCAGUGGGACGAGGCAGUCAACUCCUCAAAAAAAGAUGGCCGGCGGCUCCUGCGUUACCUUAUCCGGUUUGUGUUCACCACAGAUGAGCUGAAAUACUCGUGCGGUCUGGGGAAGAGGAAACGUUCGGUACACACAGGGGAUACGGGACCGGAGAGACGGCCUCUUAACCCCGUCAAGGUCACUUGUCUCAGAGAGUUUAUCCGGAUGCACUGUGCUUCUAAUCCUGACUGGUGGAUGCCCUCUGAGGAGCAGAUAAACAAAGUCUUCAGUGAUGCAGUGGGGCACGCGCGGCAGGGCCGUGCUGUGGGCACUUUCCUGGGCAACGGGGGCAGCGGGAGCAGCAGCAGUGGUAGUUUAUACAUGGAGAGCUAUGACGGGCAGCUCUCUCAGGAUGAUCUCUAUCUUAAGGGCACACAGAAUGGCCUGGGGGACUAAAGAAGAGACAUACAUCCAAUGUUUUCAGCACUCAAAUCGUGGAUCAAGGUGAGGAGUGAGCCCUACUGUCAGUCCGGAUCAGCUCACACAGAGAAUGCAGCACUUACAUGAUGUUAACGGGGGUUUUGGAUGAAUAUAAUCCUUAUUUCUUCCUGUCAAUACAUUCCAGAGAGUUCACACCUACCCGGUGAAUUAUGUGGGAUUCUUCCAUGCUUUGUUGUAGAACUCUGUGUUAAAUGGUUAGUAGUCACUAGGCAGAGUUGGUUGAAUUCUUCAAAAUAUCAGGUUUGUUAUUUACUCCUUUUCCAAAUUCGUUCCAUUGAAUGUGAUUAAGAAUAUGAUCCACUAUAGCAACAUGAAUGUAUCCGUUUCACUCCAUUCUUGUGUCAGAUUGGUCAGAAGUUCAUAAAGACGGCCUAUAAAUGAGGUGCUAUUAUGAUGUUCUGUUAUUCUGUCUGAUAAGGUUGAAUUUAAAGUACUGCCCCCUAUUUUAUCAUCAUGUGAUGUUGAAUAAUCUGUGAUGUUUAUAAAAAAACUGUGAUGUUGCAAAAAUCAGUUUCUUAGUGGCUGCAGGAUGAAAUUACUCAAUUUGUCCGCAUCGGUGACUGCAGAUACACUAAUCUGUCAUAGGCUUUUAUUUGUUGUUUGGCUUCCUUAUCUUUCCUUUGACUUUAAAGGUCCAACAAGGAGGCAAUGCUGUUUGUAAUUUGUGUUGCUGCUAGUUCGUCAAGCGCCACAA